AUGCAACUUAGUUAUAUCAACAGACUUUAAAGUUAAGGAAUCAAUGUAUAUAAACCUUAAGAAGGAAAUUAGGCUAUUCCAAAUAGAGUCAGAUCAAUACUCUAAAGUAAAUUUUAUAAGCGACCUAAAUCUGGUCUUAAAACAUAAAACUAAAAAACUCAAAAAUCUGAUAGUUUUUGGGUUUCACCUUUAAAAAACAAAGAUAUCCCAGAAGUUAUUCAUAGAAAUAAAUCUCAACCAAAAAAGAAUUUCUACUUGAUAUCUGUGAAUGAAAUAACUAAAAAAAAGAGAAAUAGUUCAAUAACUCCAAGCAAAUUAAAAAUAAAUCCUCAGAUUGAUAAUUCUUAAGAUUAAUUUGAAAAAAAUAUGAUUUUAGGAAUAUCGAAAUCAUUAACUAAUAAAUAUUCAACUCCUAAAUGCAGAGUAUUUACAGAACCUGAAUAAAAUGAUAAUAAUAACGAUUCUUUUUUAGAUGUCUUAUAGUAUAAAUCAGGAAUUUAGAUUCUUAAGGAAUCUCUAUUAAAAAUUUAUUAGACAUUACCAUUUGAAUUAAAUAUUACUUAAUAACGAGAGUUAGUAAGAAGAAUAGUUCUUGAAGAGACUCAUUUGAUUGAAAAAAAAAAUUAAUAAGCAUAAGAAUGGCUUCUUAAAAUGAGUCCAAUUUUAAAAAAGCAAAUAAUGGAAGAUAAAACCUUUUGGUAUCCUUCAACAAAAUUAAAUUAAAAUAUUAUAAAAAAGUAAUAUUAUUGUUUAUUUAAGAGACAUUAAUUAAAUGUUUGGUGUUGGAAGUUCUAGAUUGCUUUAACCUGGAGAAGAAGCAUCAAUUAUAGAAUUGAUGAUUCAAAUCUUAGAAUCAAAUUAAAAUAUUUUAAAAAUACUAAAAACUGAUGUAUAAGGUAAUAUUUUAGUAAAUAUUUAGAUAUAUCAAAGUAAAUAUUAUAGUUUCAAUAACUUGAAUAUCUUUAAUAGUAUCCAUAAUGUAUGAAGCAAUUAUUGUAUCAUUGGUAAUUAUUUGUGACUAGAUUGUUAUGUAUUUAAGUUUAAAAAGAAAACAAUUAAAUAACAAAUUAAGAUCUUAUAAUACUUUGUAAAAGAAAUCAUACUUUAGACUUUAGGCAAGAUAAAUAAAGCAAUUUAGCAACUUUGCUUCUGAAUUAUUUAUAAAAUUGA